AUCAUUUGCAGUUAUAUACUUCCCAUUUCAUUUGAAGGAUAAUUGAACUCAGUAAUGGCCUGCAUAUGGAGGCAUGCAAUAUAUCUAACAUUACACACAAAUAUGGUCAUCAUGAAUUUCUAAAAUUAUAAACCAUUCACUUUUUUGAGUUUGAUACUGCAAUUUUGAGAUGGAACACCCAUCCCAACCCACCACCACUAUGCUCAACAUGUACACUUGGUUUGCAUUUGGAAGCUCCCAUAGCCAGAGUUUGUGGCCUUGACACACCACUCCCUCUUGUUUUUGAACCCUUCUACAUGCCAACUAAGAACAAGCUGAACUUAUUCAAUCCUCAGAUUAAGUUUAGAAUCUUUCAUUUAAAGACAGGCUCUAGAGAGUUCCAUAUCUUUUCCCUUUGCCUGCCUGCAUGCAGAUUUUGGAUACAAUCAAAGCAACCGUGAAUGAAACAGUUUUAUGAAGUUGUACUUGUAAAAACAGCCAUCAAGGAAAUAAUAUAUUAAUAUGAGAACAAAUCAAGGUCAUUCCGUUUUCAUUUUUAAAUGGAAUAAAAAACCAUUAACAUAGAAAACGCAAAUUAAUACAAAAGAAGGCCUCAGAGAUCUUGGUGGAUAAGAAUCAUCAGAUGGAGGUUAGAGAAAACCCCAUCAAGAGUAGCAAAUAUUUGUAUCACAUCACCGGCCCAAAAAAAUAAAAUAAAUAAAAAAUCAAAAAAAUCAAAAAAAUCAAAAAAAUGAAAAGGAAAAUAAAAGGCAUGAUGAGAGUCAGAAGUAGCUGGUUAUAAUCUCAUGUUGUUUGCUAAAACAAUCAAUGGGAAUCCGUCUGAUUUAUUUCAUCAUUCUCCAUCAUGCCCACAUCCAAAAAAAAAAUCAUACCUUUAAAUUUUAUUUUAUUUUUUUUUUAAAAGCUUGAAAUAAUGGAAAAGAAGAAGAAGAAGAAUGACGGGUGUAUCUACCUUGUCACCGAAAAAUCCUAUGAAGAAAGAGGAUAAUCGGAGCUAAAGGGAGAGUAUGCACAGAGGAAUAGUAUGCUGUGCACACAGAAACCCUCGUUUUAGCCUAAUGAUAGAUCCUUUGAUCCACUCCUUUGCUCCCAGAUCAAAGAAUUGCAAUAUUAGGCCUUCCUUCCCUACCCUUUUCCAAAUUCAUCAAAGAUUCAUACCCACCUGCAAAUUUGAAGAUGGCUUCCGUGCAAGGGCUCAAAGGCACGAGCUUUGAUUUGAUAUUUA